AGCCCGGCACAGAAGGAUCCCCUCUGAGGGCAGCUCUUCGGCCCCAGGGACCCAGAACACACAUGACUCACGCACUGGAGCUCAGACAGGUGCCUCCCCAGGAAGCCGCAGAACGCUGGCAUAACGCAGGGCGUGCUGAGCCCCUGAUGUCCCCAACCCUUUGCCAGCACCCUCUGGCCCUGCAAAAGCAGCCAACAUGCCUAUCUCCAAGUGCCCGCAAAAGUCAGAGCCUCUGUGGAAGGGAUGGGACCAGAAGGCCCAGAAGAACGGACUGAGGCACCAGGUGUAUGCUGUCAAUGGCGACUGCUAUGUGGGCGAGUGGAAAGACAACAUGAAACACGGAAAAGGAACAAAGAUCUGGAAGAAGAAAGGAGCCGUCUAUGAGGGGGACUGGAAGUUUGGGAAGCGAGAUGGCUAUGGCACCCUCAGCCUUCCCGAUCAAGAGACAGGAAAGUACAGGAGAGUAUACACGGGCUGGUGGAAAGGCGAUAAGAAAUCGGGCUAUGGGAUCCAGUUUUUCGGACCCAAGGAGUAUUACGAGGGUGAGUGGUGUGGCAACCAGCGCAGCGGGUGGGGCCGCAUGUACUACAGCAAUGGCGACAUCUAUGAGGGCCAGUGGCGGAACGACAAGCCGGACGGGGAGGGCAUGCUGCGCCUGAAGAAUGGGAACCGCUAUGAGGGCUACUGGAAGCGAGGCUUGAAGAACGGGUCGGGGCGUUUCUUCCACCUGGACCACGGUCAGCUGUUUGAAGGCUUCUGGGUGGACGACGUGGCCAAGUGUGGCACGAUGACGGACUUUGGCCGAGAUGAGGCCCCUGAGCCCACACAGUUUCCCAUUCCUGAGGUCAAAGUUCUAGACCCUGACGGCCUGCUGGAGGAAGCCUUGGCCAUGUUCAGGAAGACACAGGAAGAAGGAGAUUGAUGCCAG